UUUGUUUGUAGGUUAAUAAGUCUCCCUCUUAGCAAGCACACAGCAGUGUCCGCCACCCAUAUAUUAACAACAGCGCCAUUUCGUCCAGCGGCAAGCAAGUAAAAAAUGGACCAUACUUUUACAGUUUUAGUGUGCUUAUUGUCGGUCUUUAUCCAGGUUUCUCUUCCAUGUAGCCCGCCGAUGGAACCGUACGAAGAACCGACCUUGGCGACGCUUGUCCACGAGAAUUACGUAGAAUGGGUGCUGUACGGGCGCGUUGUGAAACAUUACCCCGCAGAACAAUGGGCGGAGAGUGCCUACACGGCGGAGAUGGAGGUUUACUGCACGUAUAAAGGCGGAGUUUCUCCCAGCAUUGUCAAUAUCUCUGAAGCAGGUUUCAUUCCCGGGCUUUGCGAUGCUCACAACUUGGAGAUAGGAAAAAGUUAUUAUGUCUUGGCCUACUCCGGCCUCAGGCCGACCAGGGUGCAGGAGGUCACGCUGGACAACUCGGCCAUGAACGAACUGACCUCAGUGUGUAACCUACAGAUGACGUAUCCGCUAGGUGUCGAUGCCGCCUCCCCACCUGUCAAAUGCACAGCCCCUGCUGACCAAUCAAGUUGCGUUCAACCAUCUCCAGAUCGAGGCUGGGGCGAGGAGAGCUCCGAAGCACCACCCGAGGACUCCACUACAGAAGAUUCAGCAAUGCCGAAUUUACAAGAAGGCACUACAUUAGGUUCAAAUGCUGUGGAUGGUGGAUCAGGAAGCGCUUCCACUUGGCAUUUUGAUUCAAUAAACAUAUGCUUGUCGGUCCUUUUUGUGUUACUAUGGAACUAAAGGGACUUCUGUUUCCAUCCGAUCCUCCAAGCUCGUCUCAAAAAUAGGCCCGCAGCGACUUUUUUCAACUUACUUCAUUUCAAACAUAUCACCAGAGAGCAGAGAGGUUUUACAUGUUAACAAUAAAAACUUUGAUAUAACUGUGAGAAAACGAAUAUUAAAAAGCCGUCGAUAGGACUACAUUAAUGUAGGCCAACGGAUACAAGGUACAGGGUACUUUGUCAGUUGCCCAUCAUGUUUUUAUAAUAUAGCCAACUGGGAGAAAAAUUAUAAUUUUGUUAACAUGUUUAUAAUUUAAAAACAAUUUUUGGCAAUUUCAUUAUAUAUAUUGAUCUGUAUAUCUAUAAAAACUAUCAUCCAAUAGUAUGUAAUAUGAGAUUAAUUUUCAACUGUUGUCAUCCUGCUUGAACUCUACUACACAUGCAUUACAUAUAUCAUUAUUUAUUGUAUACGCAUUGCCUAAAUGAAAUAAAACCUUU